AUGUCUGUAUUUACUCGAGCAAGAAAUGGUUUGUUUGGACAAACUAAACCACGAAAUCCACAUUCGAUUGAAAAUCUUAAAUAUUUAUAUGGUGUUUUAAAUCGUAAUUCAAUUGUAUCAGAUGCAAAUCGUGAUUUAUUAAUUGAAACACUUCGAUGUAUAUCAGAAAUUCUUAUUUGGGGCGAUCAAAAUGAUAGUUCUGUAUUCGAUUAUUUUCUUGAACGAGGAAUGUUAACAUAUUUUUUAAAUUAUAUGCGUCAAAAACAUGGACGUUAUAUAUGUGUACAAGUAUUACAAACGCUCAAUAUUCUUUUUGAAAAUAUUCGUCAUGAAACAUCUUUAUAUUAUCUUUUAUCAAAUAAUCAUAUUAAUAAUAUAAUUGUACAUAAAUUUGAUUUUACUGAUGAAGAAAUAACUGCAUAUUAUAUUUCAUUUCUUAAAACUCUUUCAUUAAAAUUAAAUACACAUUCAAUUAAUUUUUUUUAUAAUGAAAGAAAUAAUGAUUUUCCAUUAUAUGUUGAAGCAAUAAAAUUUUUUAAUCAUACUGAAACAAUGGUUCGUAUUGCUGUACGAACAUUAACACUAAAUGUUUAUAAAGUACCUGAUCCAGCAAUGCAUCGUUUUAUAUUAAAUCGUACAGCAACAGAAUAUUUUUCUAAUCUUAUUUGGUUUAUACGAAGUCAUAUUUUAGAUUUUGAUAAUUUAAUAAGAAAUAAUCAAGAUAUUAAUAAUCGUGGUCGUUUAACAUGUAGUUUAGAAGAAUAUCUUGAUCAUAUACAUUAUCUUCAAGAUAUAUUUUUGCUCAAUGUUGAUAGUCUUAAUAAUGUUCUUAAAGAUCAAUUAAUGAAUCGACUUCUUAUACCAAUUUAUAUAUUUUCAUUAAUUAAAUGUGAUAAAUUUUCACGAAUAACAGUAAAAGAAUUAGCCGAUAUAAUUUUAUCGGCAAAUAUUGAAACAGCUGAAGCUAUUCAACGUCGUUAUGGAGAACAAAUUUCUUAUAGUUUACCUCCAACAUCUCUCGAUGUUUGUUUAGCUAAAACAGAAUCAAUUCAUAAUAAAACAACUUCCGAAAUUUCACUAAAUGCUCUUGAUAUUGUUAAUGAUACAUAUCGAUAUCGUUAUGAUCAUGAACAAAUUCGUAUACGUUCUGCAUCAUCAUCCCCUCGACCUUCUUCAAUAAAUCAACGACUUAUUGAAUCUAAUGCAAAAUCUACAUGUUUAUAUGUAUCAAAUUGGACUAAUGAUGAAAAAAAUAAACGUCGUCUUAGUCAAAUAAAAUUUAAUGAUACUAAUUUAUCAGAAAGACCUUAUUUUGAAGCAUUAAUUAAAGCACUUGAUUGUACUGAAAAUGAUCAAUUAUGUUUUUAUGCAUUAAGUGUACUUUUAACAAUGACAAUGAAUCUAUCUGUUGAUAAUGUUAUUCUUGAAUCAAUUGGUUUAACAGUGAAAUCUUCAGAUAAAAGUUUUUAUAAUACAGUAUUAGUUGAACAACUUUGUGAAAUACUUUUAUUAUCAACAUCACAAGAUUCAAAAAUUCGUCUUGUUACAUUAAAUUUAGCAAUAAAUUUAUUAAAAAAACUUGUUUAUAAUGAAGAAGAAAAAAUUUCUUAUUUAUCUGAUCAUCAUUUAGCACGUAUUGAACAAGUAUAUGAACAAUCAACAGAAAAUUUACGACGACAUUAUCGACAACAAGAAAUGUUUCUUGAUCUGUUUGAAGAUGAAUAUCGUCAAAUGCAAUUAAAUCCAAUACGUUUAGAAUAUUUAUUAAAAGAUGCAUAUAUGUUAUAUCCACCAACAAGUACACCAUUAACUGGUGUAGAAUUUAUUAUACGUUUACCAUUGGGUGAUAUUGAACGAGCAAGACGAUCAAUUCGAGGAUUUUUUCUUAUUCGUGCUUUAUCAUUGAAAUUAAGAUCAAUUAUCGAAACUGAUUUACCAUUAAUAAAAGCAGAUAGUUUAGUUAAAGAAAAUGAUAAACUUGAUUUGAAUAAUAGUGAUUUAAUUGCAUGUACUAUUCAUAUAAAAGACAAAAAAGAACGUCGUUUUCUUGUAACGGAUCCAAUGCAAUUUAUUCUUAUUGAACCAGAUGUUAAAAGACUUGGAUGGGGUAUUGUAAAAUUUUGUGAUCUAAUGCAAGAUGUGAAAGUAGCAAAUGAUAAAGAAGAUACACGUUCACUACAUAUAACCAUUCAUAAACCAGUGAAUAAUACAUAUGUUAAAUCUAAUCCACCUAUUCUUAAUGCAAAAUUUACAUUUGAUGAUCAUAUUCGUUGUAUGACAGCUAAACAAAAUUUAAAGCUCGUCAAAUAA